AUGGCUAGUGAAGAGAGUUUUGUAGUCUUGGUUCACCAUAGAGGAUCGAUUAAGAGGAAAAUACGAUCCGAUGUGAAAUUCACCGAUAAGAAUCCUCUCAGUAUUUUCAUGAGGCCUACGACGAGCUAUGAUGACCUUGUUAAUUUUGUACUACAGAAACUUGGUCUGGUAGGCGUGAAACGGGUUAAGAAGUUUUUCUAUCGCAUUCCAAUCUCGGUCCUGCAAGAAAUUGUGAAGUAUGAUUGUUUCACGAUCGGGAGUGAUGAGGACUUGCAGGUCAUAUUUCAUUGUCAUCGGCAGUUCCACAAAGUUAGGACACAUGAACUAUUAGCGAAGUUGGUUGAUGUGGUAUCUAGCUCGAUGGGUUCCAACCGGCAUACCCCCACUGUAGGCACGGUAGCUGGUUCUAACUCUAGACCUGCUGGCAUAUCUUCGUCUGUACCUGUGUAUGAACCUCCGGUCGAACCUGUCGCCUCCCCUUUAUUGGAUGAUUCAGACGAUGAUGAUGUAGAGCCAGAUAUCAUUGCUGAUGAUAGUGGCGACGAUAUUGGAGCCAGUGAGCCAGCUGGGGCCGGAGGUGGUUCAAGCUCUGGCACAGAGCAGUACCCUUCGCACUUUUCAUCUUUGGACUUGGAGGCCAUGAGGCAGGAGGGGGUUCCUGGGGAGGCUGCUGGAUUUGAAGCUACAGAUGCCGAAGGGUCUGCAGGUCUGAUAGAGUUUCAGGUUGGUCAGCAAUUUCAGGAUAAAGAUGAGGCUGUGUUAAGUGUGAAGACGUACAGCAUCCGACGCGGGGUACAGUACAAGGUGGUGGAGUCUGACUAUCGCCGGUAUGUUAGGAAGUGUUCUGAGUUUGGGAGUGGGUGCACAUGGUUGAUUCGGCUUAGUCUCCGGCAGCGCAAGGGCAUUUGGGAGGUCAAACGGUACAACGGACCAAAUACGUGUCUCGCAACCUCCAUCUGGAGCGACCACAGGAGUUUGGAUUAUCAUGUGAUCUCAAAAUUUAUCAUGCCAAUAGUUAGGGCUGAUGCAUUCGUUAGCAUCAAUUUUCUCCUGAAUGCCACGACCGCACACUUUGGGUUCAGGCCGACGUACAUGAGGGUUUGGUUGGCGAAGCAGAAGGCCGUUGCCGUUAUCUACGGUGAUUGGGAUAAGUCGUACCAUGAGCUCCCUAGGUGGGUUUUAGGAGUUCAGAUGAUGAUGCCUGGUACUGUUGCAGUCCUUCGGACGAGUCCUGUUCGAGUUGGGGGACAGAGGCAUUCCGUCAUUGUAAGCCGUUGGUCAGUAUUGAUGUCACCCAUCUGUAUGCGAGUCCUGGUCCUUCUUUCUCUCCCACCUGCGUCAGCACGUGACCCCGCAGCCGAGUCUGCUAGUUAUAUCAGACAGACCUUCAAGGGCAAGGACGCAAGGAGGCUGCUUGUGAAUGUAGCAUAUGCUAAGACCGAGCAUGGGGAUGAGAGUCGGCGAUUUGGGCACAUGACGACAAACAUCUCUGAGUGUGUUAAUUCAAUCCUGAAGGGGGUUAGGAAUCUUCCUAUGUGCUCGCUGGUGAAGGCAACUUACGGGAGGUUGGCAGAACUAUUUGUCCGCAAGGGGAGAGAGGCUGAGGCGUAG